AAAGGAGGCUUGUGGACCAAGGGGAAGCAGACACCGAGCUGAGCACCUGCCGGGUACAUCCAUAGCAAGAGAUAACAGAAAGAGGCUGCAAGACAAACCGCUGUCACCUGUCACCAUGAAGGCCACACUUGCCACUGUCACUCUCCUGGUCCUGGUUCUUGGCUGGACCUCUGAGGCCGUGCAAGUCGAAGAAAAUGGAUUGUCUUUCUCACUUGAGGCUGUCAAAAGGCUUCAGGAGCUGGCAGAGAUCAGGGGUUCAAUGGGACAACAAAGCCCACGACUCAAGGCGAGCACCAUGUCCCUGUGUGUUGACCCCAUGCUCCCACAGGAGCUCCUGCCAAUCUGUAAGCAGAGGGGAGCGUCCGCAUCUCUCGCCAGACUAGCAAUGGUUCCCCUGGAUGUCUGUGAGAUCUGUGCCUUUGCUGCCUGCACUGGCUGCUAAACAAACCCAGCAAGCCAGAAGCAUCUUGCCAAGCUUAAGACUUGAUUUUUUUUCUCCCCUCCAAAACUAUUUCAGGAAAUUUUUCAAAUCUUUGCCUGUAAUGAUGAAACAAUUACUUUAUAAUCCCUGAAUACCAAGGUUUUGACUGAUUCAUUUCUGAGUCUGUUUAUUUGGUAUGGGGUUUUUUGGUUUUGUUUUGUUUCUGUUUUUUGUUUUUUGUAAACUGUUACUUUGUAGCAUAUUUACUUUAUUUUUCUGCUAAAAGUUUUGUCUCAUAUUUUAUUUUCAAAAUUACAUUAUUUGUUACAUUUCUAUCCUAUCAAGCUUUGUAUACGUAUUUAAAGGAGAGUUCUUUUUUUAUUUUUUCCCCUUUUUAUUAACAUUUUAAAUAAAAAGCCUUCACUGAUG